GCUUCUUCUUUCUUUCUUUUUUCAUGUCCUUUGAAAAAAAGAGCUGAAUUAGCCAUGACUGGCUUGUUUUCAGUGCUACCCUUUUGUUAGCUGAAAUCCUUUGGUUCUUUUUUUUGAAGAACAAAGCCGGAAUUCACCUGAGAAGAGUUAGCACAUAUGGUCUUCUAACCCAACUUACAAAAUAUCCUUUUUCUGGAAAAAAAAUUUUACUUUACCUAUCAUGGUUCAUGGAUCAUGAGAUUUGCUUCAUUUAAGCUAAAAGUUCUGUUUCUUAUGUCAUAUUUUAUGAGAAAUUUUAGCCUGUUUUUGUCUCAAAGUCUCCAAGAUGACCCAGAAUUCCCAUCUAAAACAAGCACAAGUAUUUUAUAUGUAUUUGGAGGACAGGACACUGUGAAAACAUUUUGGAAAGCCAAGGGGAUUUCAUAACUGGGAAUUUGAUGAUUUGGAAACCCUUCAAAAGAUUGAUCUCUCACAAACGAUCAAAUGAAGCUUGGCCAAGUGACUUUCAACAGUUCAAAAGAGAAGCAAAUACCCCAAAGGCUUCUUCUGAUGAUAAAGCCUUUCAAGAUAGCUAUGACUAGGGCAACAAGUAGGCAUUAUUUAGGGUUCUUCCAGGUCAUGGUGCAAGUAAAAAAUGAAGGAGCUUUCUCCUUUCAUACCUUUCAAGCUACAUUUGUCUACUACAGCUGCUGCAUCUGAUGAAAAUAGAAAUCAUUUUUUUAAGGUCUUUUCUGUUCAGGAGGUGGAGGUAGAGGUGGAGGUUAGUGUUCCAUACAACAGUUUGUUCAACAUUGUGACUGUUAGAUGUGGGCAUUGCGCGAAUCUGCUGUCUGUAAAUAUGGGAACUUCAUUUCAAACAUUUCCCAUUCAAGAUGCUCAGAAACAGCAGAUAAACACUGAUCAGGAUCAUUCAAAUAAGGAAUGUGGGUCGUCUUCCAAAUGCAACAAGUUUCCUGCAUUUGAUUGUGCAGAGUAUGAAGCACCUAGAAUGCCUCCUAUUCCCCCCCCUGAGAAGAGACAACGUGUUCCUUCUGCAUAUAAUAGGUUCAUUAAGGAGGAAAUUCAAAGGAUCAAGGCUAGUAAUCCAGAUAUCAGUCACAGGGAAGCUUUCAGCACAGCAGCAAAAAAUUGGGCACAUUUUCCUCACAUUCACUUUGGGCUAAAGCUAGAUGGAAACAAGCAAGCAAAACUGGACCAGGCAUUUGCAGAUCAGGGUGCUCAAAAGUCUAAUGGGUACUACUGAAACACAUCGGCAAACUGUGAGUAGAAGCCAGUCAUCAUCAUCAUCAUCAUAUAUCUAUAUAUAUUAUUAUAUGUUUAAUUACUAAAGGAAUUGAGGUUUUGAUGAAGUCUCCUAAACUAGAUUGCUAGGAAGGCCCUCCUGAAAAACCUUUCCAGCUUCCUAUUAUGUGUGUUGCCGUUUUCACCUCUUCUCCAUCAGAAUUAAUUUCUUUCUAUUCUAGUGAUUGCUUUUAUGUUGAAUUCAGAUCUUAUUUUCAAGUAAACAAAUAUUCCCAGGGAAUAAUGUGUUGCAAUUUCUUUUGGUAACAAC